GAGACAGGGACAGACAUAGGCCAAGAGAGGGGAACCAGAGAGGAACCAGAGGGGAGAGACAGAGCAGCAAGCAGUGGAUUGCUCCUUGACGACGCCAGCAUGAGCUCCUUCUCCACCACCACCGUGAGCUUCCUCCUUUUACUGGCAUUCCAGCUCCUAGGUCAGACCAGAGCUAAUCCCAUGUACAAUGCCGUGUCCAACGCAGAUCUGAUGGAUUUCAAGAAUUUGCUGGACCAUUUGGAAGAAAAGAUGCCUUUAGAAGAUGAGGUCGUGCCCCCACAAGUGCUCAGUGAGCCGAAUGAAGAAGCGGGGGCUGCUCUCAGCCCCCUCCCUGAGGUGCCUCCCUGGACCGGGGAAGUCAGCCCAGCCCAGAGAGAUGGAGGUGCCCUCGGGCGGGGCCCCUGGGACUCCUCUGAUCGAUCUGCCCUCCUAAAAAGCAAGCUGAGGGCACUGCUCACUGCCCCUCGGAGCCUGCGGAGAUCCAGCUGCUUCGGGGGCAGGAUGGACAGGAUUGGAGCCCAGAGCGGACUGGGCUGUAACAGCUUCCGGUACCGAAGAUAACAGCCAGGGAGGACAAGCAGGGCUGGGCCUAGGGACAGACUGCAAGAGGCUCCUGUCCCCUGGGGUCUCUGCUGCAUUCGUGUCAUCUUGUUGCCAUGGAGUUGUGAUCAUCCCAUCCAAGCUGCAGCUUCCUGUCAACACUUCUCACAUCUUAUGCUAACUGUAGAUAAAGUGGUUUGAUGGUGGCUUCCUCGCCUCUCCCACCCCAUGCAUUAAAUUUUAAGGUAGAACCUCACCUGUUACUGAAAGUGGUUUGAAAGUGAAUAAACUUCAGCACCAUGGACAGAAGACAAA